UUCCAGAACCCCCUUCCCUUACUUUUGCCCUUCCCCUCCCCUCGCUUCGCCGGCCGUCUCGCCGUCGGCGCGCGGGACAACGCCGUCACCGCCGCCGCUUCCCACCCUCUCUCUCGAUUCCCUGCCUGAGCCGGAGGCACGCUCCGGCCGGGCCCUCUCCCCCGCCACGCCGCCUCGGACGCGCGCGGCCGAGGAGCUCCUCCUCGGCGUUAGCACCGCUGCUCCUGCGGCCGGUUGGAUCAUCCGCGGGAGGCGACGCCGGCGAGGUGUAGCAAGAGGCGACUUGGGGAUAUGGAAGCUAGGGCAAGGACAUACGGGUCUUCAGGAGCUUCCCCAGGAAAUCUGGGUGAUCGGUACGACAAUUAUGCGAACUACUCAAGCUACUUAAAUGAUGAGCCAAUGCCUGAUGCCGCAUCAGAAAAGGAACAGGGUAAUGAGUAUUUCAAACAGAAAAAGUUUGCCCAGGCUAUUGAGUGCUACUCAAGAAGUAUCGGACUGUCUCCUUCAGCAGUUGCUUUUGCAAAUAGAGCUAUGGCAUAUCUUAAACUAAGAAGGUUUGAAGAGGCAGAGAAUGAUUGCACUGAAGCUCUGAAUCUUGAUGACCGCUAUGUUAAAGCAUACUCACGCAGAAUUACAGCAAGAAAAGAACUUGGGAAGCUUAAGGAAGCAAUGGAUGAUGCUGAAUUUGCUGUCAGUAUUGAUCCUAACAAUCCAGAGCUCAGGAAGCAGUAUUCUGAGAUAAAAGAAUUACACAUGAAGGAAGUGGCUAACAGAAGUAAGCCAACCAAACAUACAGUUUUUAAAUUUGAUAAAUCUGGAGAUAAAAAGGACACUUCCCAUGCACCAAGUAGUUCCCAGAAGGACAGUUUCAUGGAAGUUGAUCCGCCUAGUAGAGUUGCAGUGGAGAUUAGAGAGAAAGCAGAUGGUACAUCCAAAGGUGGAUCUGGAGUAAUCUUCAAAGACAGUACCGUACAGCCAUCUCGAGAUGCUAAACAGAAGCCUGGACCAGAAGCAUCAAUACAAGAUCUUGCAUCUCGUGCUGCUUCACGGUAUAUGGCCAGCACUGUAAAAAGUGUGAAGACACCAAAAACAGCAUAUGAUUUUGAGGUUUCUUGGAGAGCUCUCUCUAAUGACACUGCCAAGCAAACACAGUUAUUAAAGUCAAUUCCACCAUCAAGCCUACCAGAGAUUUUCAAGAAUGCACUUUCAGCUGCUUUUCUGAUUGAUAUCGUGAAGUGCACAACCUCAAUUUUCCGGGAGGACACAAUGUUAGCUGUUAGCAUUUUGGAGAAUUUGGCAAAAGUUCCCCGUUUUGACUUGAUAAUCAUGUGCCUUUCAUCCAUGCAUAAAUCUGAAUUACGGAAGGUCUGGGAUCAAAUAUUCCUUGCUGAAACUGCAUCAGCGGAUCAGGUUGAAGCCCUCAGGCAACUUCGAGCCAAAUAUAUUCAGGAAGGAUUGCAGGAUAACAUGUUCACUUCAAAUUAAUGAUGCUGAUGCUGAGACAGCUCGUUAGAAACCUUUUACGCUCUAGCCAAUUGAUAUUGUGUAACACCCUUUUCCUGUAGAAAUGAAAUGCUAAACUCAGUGUGGGGGGUAGUCAAUUAAUGGUGGAAGUUAUAAAGUUGUCUCAGAAACAUCCAUCAAAGCAUGCGAUUGUGAAGCUCAUGGACCUUUGCUGGCUGAAAAGGCUGUACCUUCAUAUUCUUGAUGCAUAUGUGCCCCUGGGGCCAGGGUUGCCGAGUUCUGCCUGUCUCUAUACCCUGAUGUAGCGGAUUCCCUGACACUGACAUCCUGUUAUGUCGACACAGGUGGAUUCGGCAGUAA